UAAGUCUAUCCAUCGUCAGUUUAUUCUCCAUCAACGAAAGCCAACAGUUAUAAGAUUCAGUACAACUGUAUCGAAUAUUUCGAAACAGAACAACUCGAAAAUGAAGGUACUCAUCGGUUUUGUCGCGGCGUUAGCCAGUGUUGUCGGUAUUGUUAGCGCUGCCCCGGCGGAGGCCAUGGCCAACCCCAACAUUGAGGUCCCUCAAACUCAUCGCCCACCAUACUCGCCCACGCCGACCAUCAGCUCCCUAAACUCUUCGACGACAACGUCAUUCAUCAUCACCAUCACCACACUCCCUGCCCAGCCCACCACGGUCGCCCCCGCUGUUUGCCCGACAGUGACACACACGACCCGACCUAGCGACUGUGAACCGAUGCUGUGCCCAGUACCUGGCUGCACGUUCCAGAAAGAGCUGCUCGUUCCGUGCGGCUGCGCUGGAGUCAAGACUGCUCUCUUUGUUGAUGGCUGCCAGACUGCUUGCCCCGAAGGUUGCAUGACUCGGCUGAGGACAGUCACGGCUGCCUGUGCUACUCAAACUCCGGCGCCUUAGACAAGUGACAUCGGAAAUGCCCGGCGAGGUGUAAGAGAGGUACAGGUUAAAAUGCGUUGAUGUUGUAAGAACAUCGGACUGGUCUAAACCAGAGAAGGGACCUAUCCUAUGGCAUGUUUUAUCGUCUGUCUGAGAUAGUUUGUUGAAAUGAAACAAUGAAUUCCACAUCUCGUUCUUUACAAGUCAUAUAGUCAUCUUAUGUUCCAACGAUUCAACGUUAUCAACAUACCAAUUCGAUUUACUUCUGAUGAUGUUUUUAUGAUUAAAAAUAAAG